GCAAGCUCUAUUCAGAACCAAAUGCAGUCCAAGGGGGGCUAUGGAGGCAGCAUGCCUGCAAAUGUUCAGAUGCAGCUUAUAGAUACAAAGGCAGGAUAACCUUGGGGAAACCUUUCCAGUUUAUGUGAGUUCCUGUGUCCCCUCUUUGCCUUGGUGACUGCUUUCUGUGUUCAUGACAAGAGAGAAGUGAUGGCUCGUUAUUCAUCUGAUGUGAUUACUCCAGUGAAAAGUUUCUGUUCUGCUCUGAUGAUGGCAUUUCUCAGAUUGGUCCUACCGUGCCUUUCAGUGGCAUGCUCACAUUGGCCUCUACCAGCCCUACAGACGUAGAGC